CCAAGGUGUUUUGAUUGGCAGCGAGGCUAUGUCAAUAUGUGCUAUUCAAGUUUGGCUGCCGCAACUACGCUCACAUAACUACACGAUGGAUGUUUGAUAUCUGAUCCCGCCGGAACUUCUUCGCUUAUCUCCAUGUCUCUACUCUUCCUUUUGCAAAUUGUGCUCCACUUUUCCAAUGCGUACUCUGACCUGCACAGCAUUGCGAUCGCUCAUCAACUUCCUCAUACCGGAGAGAUACAUUGUCCGCAUCCCAUCAUGAUCUUCUCUUUCAAUCAGAUCAGCGCAUUCAAGCUGGACCGAAAUCGCAAACAGUUUCCCCUGCGACCUCUUUAUGCGACAACACUCAUCGGAUGUCAAGGGCUUACGCUUGAAAAGUCGUGCUUGACCUGCGCACAUAUUCGUUCACACACGGACAGCUAUAUACCGCGCAUUCAAGAGUAUGACGUCGCUGACACAUUCGAACGAUAUUUCCAAGAGAAGAAGAAGAUGAUGAUGAAAACAACAGCAAACGUAACGUCGGAAGAUCCGCAUAGUUACUUAUCAUGGCGCCUUUGCCGUUUUCACCUCAACAUUGUCCUAACAUCAUCGCUGAGUCCUUUUGCUGAUGCAUUGAUUGACGCUGUCAUGGUAUGCUCUGCCUGAUCGCCCCAGUACCAUCAGUAGUAGUCACCAUGACACUAUGACUGAGUCCCUCGCUCAAUGCUGUUCGACCGAGACUAUACCAAACAGAGAUACAAAUGUUCCACGAUAGUUUUUCGACGGGUCCAAAAUCUGACAGUGAUAGGCUAGUCACCAUCAGUAUCCCUGAAGUGAAUGAUCGUAUACUCAACCGUGACGCGUUACAGGUUGCUAAGUGCAGGUGUGUUAUAGAAAUCAAACAAAUUGCCACAAGAAUGAAAGAAUGACAAACUAUUUUUUUGCUGCUGUGCCACCUUCCUGC